AUUCUCGCGAUAACAGCACAUAUAUUUUUCUGGGAAAGGAGGGAGUUCGAAGUUAUGCUAGCUAGCUGUUGUUAGUAUCUAUAACUACCUAGCUAGUCAACUUUUAAAAGUAAAGUUCCAAGGUAAGAUCUGAUCUAUAACGUGUCCAUAUUAUGUAAUAUUCGGAUUAUUUGUCGACGUCUAUCUGAUCAACAUGUGUUGACAAUGAGCCAAUUGAGCUUGCUAGCUAACGUUAGUUAACUAGGGGAUUCGAAACGUCUAGCUAGCCAACGUUAACUGUCAUUCUUAUCAAGCAAGUUUGGCUAACUAUGUUCAAGAAGUUGUUGUGAUCACAUUAAUAUGAUCAUCAACUACGACGUGUGAAUCGUCCAUCUUUAAAAUGACCGAGUAAUCCAUAGUUAAUAGGCAACCCUGGUAGCAGGUUAGCAUUGCUAGUUGGUUACAAGUGAACGUUGGGAGCUCUGGUCCAUGGCGUUACAUGCGGCUUGACCCUUCAUCUUUCCAAUUGUGUAAUGUAAGUGACUAGCUUCAUUAUACUUAAGUAAAUAUUUUGCUAGAGUACUGACCAACUUUUCUCUGUAUGCUCAUUGCAAACAUCAUGUCGCGACUUUCGGACACUUUAUUUAACGCCGGACUAGCUCUGCUCCAGGCGCAUGCGCAUCCGAUGCAUGCGUAUGGACCAGCGUUAUAGCUAGCUAAGAGGCGUCUUCUUGCCCACCACAGAUAGUGGCCCCAAAAUGCUCGUUGACCAUGGACAUAGCCUCCUAUGUCACAUAGGAAUAUGAAGCUACUGUAAAAUGUUGCCAACUAGUUACCCUCCCUCUGUUCUAGUGCAGCAAGCUUGUAAAUAAACACUUUACCACUGACGUCUUAUGGAGCUCCUGUAAAUGUUGGUCUCUCUCUAUUACAGAAGCUAGAGUUGACCACCAUGGACAUUGAGGAUGACACGACGGUGUUCGCCACUCUUAAGUCAUUUAAGAGUUUCAUCUCUCUCCCGGACACGUCUCGGAACCAGGGAGAACCAUCCCCAGUGCAGAGCAACGCCCUACAAAAACAGUACCUGCAGAGAUUAGAGGUGGGUGGGGUAGGACAGACACACUUAAGGAGACACACACACACACUAAUACACUGCUAAACACACACACACACACACACUAAUACAUUGAUCACCGACAACGACGAUACAGCCUGUAGGGAGGAGGUCAGAGACCUGGCCGUGUGGUGCCAGGACAACAACCUCUCCCUCAACGUGAUCAAGACAAAGGAGAUGAUUGUGGACUACAGGAAAAAGAAGAGGACGAGCACGCCCUCAUUCUCAUCGACGGGGCUGUAGUGGAGCAGGUUGAGAGCUUCAAGUUCCUUGGUGUCCACAUCACCAACAAACUAACAUGGUCCAAGCACACCAAGACAGUCGUGAAGAGGGCACGACAAAACCUAUUCCCCCUAAGGAGGCUGAAAAGAUUUGGCAUGGGUCCUCAGAUCCUCAAAAAGUUCUACAGCUACACCAUAGAGAGCAUCCUGACUGGUUGCAUCACUGCCUGGUAUGGCAACUGCUCGGCCUCCGACCGCAAGGCACUACAGAGGGUAGUGCGUACGGCCCAAUACAUCACUGGGGCCAAGCUUCCUGCCAUCCAGGACCUCUAUACCAGGCGAUGUCAGAGGAAGGCCCUAAAAAUUGUCAAAGACUCCAGCCACCCUAGUCAUAGACUGUUCUCUCUGCUACCGCAAGGCAAGCAGUACUGGAGCGCCAAGUCUAUGUCCAAGAGGCUUCUAAACAGCGUCUACCCCCAAGCCAUAAGACUCCUGAACAUCUAAUCAAAUGGCUACCCAGACUAUUUGCAUUGCCCCCCCCCCCCCCCUCUCUUUUAUGCUGCUGAUGUCUGUUUAUUGUCAAUGCAUGGUCACUUUAAUAACUCUACCUACAUGUACAUAUUACCUGGACUAACCGGUGCCCCCGCACAUUGACUCAGUACCGGUACCCCCUGUAUAUAGCCAUGCUAUUGUUAUUUUUACUGCUGCUCUUUAAUCAUCUGAUACUUUUAUUUCAUAUUAUUUUAUAUUGUAUUAUUUUAUUUAUUUUUUGGUAUUAUUUCUUAACUGCAUUCAUUGUUGGUUAAGGGCUUGUCAGUAAGCAUUUCAAUAAGGUCUACACCUGUUGUAUUCGGCGCAUGUAAGAAAUAACAUUUUAUUUGAUUUAAAGACAUACACACACACACUAAUACACUGCUAAAGACAUACACACACACACAAAUACACACAUACUAACACAAUGCUAAAGACACACACACACACUAAUACGCUGCUAAAGACACACACACACGAAAGAUGAACACACACAGACGCAUGCACCUGCCCUGGUGCAGCGCCACAUCCUACGCACAGUAUUUAGAGGAUAUAGGUGCUGGGACUGAGACAGACAUUGGAUUGUUGUGAAGUACUAGAGACUGCAGAGAAGGUAUAGUCUGAAACCUCUGUAUGUAAGUCACAAAGUGUACCUGUGUCCAAGAAAGUGACAGUGUGUGUGUCUCUGUGUAGUUGCUGGAGGCAGCAGAGAAGGUUCAGUCUAAGACCCAGCUGAUCCAGAUGGACCAGGAGAAGAGACAGAUGGAGAUCAGUCACAAGAGAGCACGCAUCGAACUAGAGAAGAACGCUACGCUGAGUGCUAGGGACUUUGAGGUAUGUAACACACACCUACACACCUGGAGGUAACACACACCUACACACCUGGAGGGAACACACACCUACACACCUGGAGGGAACACACACCUACACACCUACUGGAGGUAACACACACCUACACCCUGGAGGUAACACACACCUACACACCUGGAGGUAACACACACCUACACACCUACCUGGAGGUAACACACACCUACCUGGAGGUAACACACACCUACACACCUGGAGGUAACACACCUACACACCUGGAGGUAACACACACCUACACACCUGGAGGUAACACACACCUACACACCUGGAGGAACACACACCUACACACCUGGAGGGUAACACAACACCUACACACCUGGAGGGAACACACCUACACACUGGAGGAACACCACUACACACCUGGAGGAACACACACCUACCCUGGAGGUAACACACACCUACACACCUGGAGGAACACACACCUACACACCUGGAGGUAACACACACUAAACACCUACGUGAGGUUAACACACACCUAACACCUGGAGGGUAAACACACCUACAACACCUGGAAUGGAAAACACACCUACCUGGAGGUAACAACACCUAACACACUGGAGGGUAACAACACAACACUGCUGAGGUACACACAACACACAUACUGGAGGUAAACACACUACACACUGGAGGUAACACACACGACAACCUGGAUGGUAACAACACCCACAACAUCCUGGAGGUAACACACUACAACACACACUAUGGAGGUGAAACACACAACAUGACACUACCUGGAGGUAAACAGAACUACCUGGAGGGAAACACACUACAACCUGGAGGGGAACAGACACCUAUACUGGAGGAGGGAAAAGACAACUACAACACGGAAGGGAACAACACUAACAACCUGGAGGUAACACACACCUAAACUGGAGGGGUAACACACACCUACACACUGGAGGUGAAACAGCACCACACACUGAGGGUAACACACACACACACCUGGAGGUAAACACACACACAUGGAGGUAACACACACGACACUGGAGGGUAAAACAACCUACACACUGGAGGUACAAACGACUAGUCCUGGAGAGGAAAACACACCUACAACAGCUGGAGGUAACAACACCUAACCUGGGUAGGGUAGAACACACCUACCUGGAGGGAACACACAACCAUGGAGUGGUAACAAACAUGAACCUUGAAAAGGACGAACAUGGGAGUAUGACUGGAUGGUAGACCACUGAGACCAUUCGGUUAGAGGGAAAUAAGCAGCCAGGUUAAAACACAUGGGGAACUUAAACAACAUGAGGAAGAGGAACGAUGGAGAUGUAGUGGUUCUGUAGAAGACGGACGGGGAGAUGGGAGAGCGAGUGGUUGUCGUAGAAGGACGGGAGGAACAUGGGAUGUAGUGGUUCUGAGAAGGACGAGGAACAUGGGGAGGUAGUGGUUCUGUAGAAGGACGAGGAGAACAUGGGGAUGUAGUGGUUCUGUAGAAGGACGAGGAACAUGGGGAUGUAGUGGUUCUGUAGAAGGACGAGGAACAUGGGGAUGUAGUGGUUCUGUAGAAGGACAGAGGAACAUGGGGAGUAGUGGUUCUGUAGAAGGACGAGGAACAGGGGGAUGGAGUGGUUCUGUAGAAGGACGAGGAACAUGGGGAUGUAGUGGUUCUGUAGAAGGACGAGGAACAUGGGGAUGUAGUGGUUCUGUAGAAGGACGAGGAACAUGGGGAUGUAGUGGUUCUGUAGAAGGACGAGGAAGGACAGGGGAUUGAGAUGGUUCGUAGAAGGACGAGGAACAUGGGGAUGAGAGUGGUUCUGUAGAAGGACGGGAAACAUGGGGAUGGAGUGUCUGUAGAAGGACGAGGACAGGGGGAUGUAGUGGUUCUGUAGAAGGACGAGGAACAUGGGGAUGUAGUGGUCUGUAGAAGAACGAGGAACAGGGAAUGUAGUGGUUCUGUAGAAGAUGAGGAACAUGGGGAUGUAGUGGUUCUGUAGACGGACGAGGGAACAUGGGGAUGAGUGGUUCUGUAGAAGGACGAGGAACAUGGGAGUGAGUGGUUCUGUAGAAGCUACGAGGAACAUGGGGAUGGAGUGGGUUCUGUAGAAGGACGAGGAACAUGGGGAUGCUAGUGGUUCUGUAGAAGGACGAGGAACUGGGGAUGUGUGGUUCUGUAGAAGGACGAGGACAGGGAGGAGUGGUUCUGUAGAAGGACGAGGAACAUGGGGAUGUAGUGGUUCUGUAGAAGGACGAGGAACAUGGGGAUGUAGUGGUUCUGUAGAAGGACGAGGAACAUGGGGAUGUAGUGGUUCUGUAGAAGGACGAGGAACAUGGGGAUGUAGUGGUUCUGUAGAAGGACGAGGAACAUGGGGAUGCAGUGGUUCUGUAGAAGGACGAGGAACAUGGGGAUGUAGUGGUUCUGUAGAAGGAAGAUGAAAGGUGUGAACAUGUGUGAUACCACGAGAGCUGUAAUAAAGGACUGUAUAAAUGUCCAACUCUGAACAUGUUUAACGGUUACAAGCUAUACUGAGGCAGCAUACAUAAUGUAACAAUAACAACUAACUAUGAAGAACAAUAUCCACUUUUCACGCACAACAUCCCACCAGUCCAGAGAUAUGAGGGAGUCCAGGUGUUGUUGUGAAAGACGGAGAUGAGCUUGCUGCUCGCUCUGUGACUGCUGGAAGGAGACAGAGGGGGAGGCAGAAGUUGGGGAUCCUGGGACCCAGUAUGACUGCUUGUGAUUGACUGACCUCACCGUGUGAUAUGGCCCCUGGCAACCAUGACCCGUAGCAACCAAUGGGUUUGGCUAGGGCCAGUUUAUGACUCCAGCGGGUGAGCCUACUGCAGGAGUUAGAAAGUGACAGAGUUAGUAUCUGAGAGAGGGCUGCGGGAAUGAGAUGUUGGGCUGAGUGCCACCGGCAGGGAAUUCAUACCACAGCAGUUUGUUUGAUGUUCUUUGUUUACUGGUCUGUUCCAUAUUCUGUGAUCUGUGUUAUGUAUUCUGUGUUCUAAAAUCUGUGUUCUGAAUUCCACGUUCUGACUUCUAUGCCCCACGUUCUAAUUUCUAUGUUCUAGCGUGAGGUGGACCGUAACCAGGACCUGCUGGGACGAAUCAGACGCCUGGAAGACAGGGAGGCGGAGUCUAGCAAGAGCCUAUCGGAGCAGGCCGAGGCAAACCGUGCUCUCCGUCGGACCCUGGAGUCCCUCAACAGAAGGGUGGAGGAGAGGGACGGACGGCUCAACACCGCUAACCAGGUACACCUGGAACAGAGUUCAGAUCAUACCGUAAGAUCCCUCCACACCUCUCUAACCAGGUACACCUGGAACAGAGUUCAGAUCAUACCGUAAGAUCCCUCCACACACUCUCUAACCAGGUACACCUGGAAACAGAGUUCAGAUCAUACCGUAAGAUCCCUCACACCUCUCUAACCAGGUACACCUGGAACAGAGUUCAAUCAUACCGUAAGAUCCCUCCACACCUCUCUAACCAGGUACACCUGGAACAGAGUUCAAUCAUACCGUAAGAUCCCUCCACACUCUCUAAACCAGUACACCUGGAACAGAGUUCAGUCAUACCGUAAGAUCCCUCCACACCUCUCUAACCAGGUAACACCUGUAACAGAGUCAGAUCAUACCGUAAGAUCCCUCCACACCUCUCUAACCAGGUACACCUGGAACAGAGUUCAGAUCAUACCGUAAGAUCCCUCCACACCUCUCUAACCAGGUACACCUGUAACAGAGUUCAGAUCAUACCGUAAGAUCCCUCCACACCUCUCUAACCAGGUACACCUGUAACAGAGUUCAGAUCAUACCGUAAGAUCCCUCCACACCUCUCUAACCAGGUACACCUGGAACAGAGUUCAGAUCAUACCGUAAGAUCCCUCCACACCUCUCUAACCAGGUACACCUGGAACAGAGUUCAGAUCAUACCGUAAGAUCCCUCCACACCUCUCUAACCAGGUACACCUGGAACAGAGUUCAGAUCAUACCGUAAGAUCCCUCCCACACCUCUCUAACCAGGUACACCUGGAACAGAGUUCAGAUCAUACCGUAAGAUCCCUCCACACCUCUCUAACCAGGUACACCUGGAACAGAGUUCAGAUCAUACCGUAAGAUCCCUCCACACCUCUCUAACCAGGUACACCUGGAACAGAGUUCAGAUCAUACCGUAAGAUCCCUCCACACCUCUCUAACCAGGUACACCUGGAACAGAGUUCAGAUCAUACCGUAAGAUCCCUCCACACCUCUCUAACCAGGUACACCUGGAACAGAGUUCAGAUCAUACCGUAAGAUCCCUCCACACCUCUCUAACCAGGUACACCUGGAACAGAGUUCAGAUCAUACCGUAAGAUCCCUCCACACCUCUCUAACCAGGUACACCUGUAACAGAGUUCAGAUCAUACCGUAAGAUCCCUCCACACCUCUCUAACCAGGUACACCUGUAACAGAGUUCAGAUCAUACCGUAAGAUCCCUCCACACCUCUCUAACCAGGUACACCUGUAACAGAGUUCAGAUCAUACCGUAAGAUCCCUCCACACCUCUCUAACCAGGUACACCUGGAACAGAGUUCAGAUCAUACCGUAAGAUCCCUCCACACCUCUCUAACCAGGUACACCUGGAACAGAGUUCAGAUCAUACCGUAAGAUCCCUCCACACCUCUCUAACCAGGUACACCUGGAACAGAGUUCAGAUCAUAACCGUAAGAUCCCUCCACACCUCUCUAACCAGGUACACCUGGAACAGAGUUCAGAUCAUACCGUAAGAUCCCUCCACACCUCUCUAACCAUGGUACAACCUGGAACAGAGUUCAGAUCAUACCGUAAGAUCCCUCCACACCUCUCUAACCAGGUUACACCUGGAACAGAGUUCAGAUCAUACCGUAAGAUCCCUCCACACCCUCCUAACCAGGUACCUGGAACAGAGUUUCAGAUCAUACCGUAAGAUCCCUCCACACCUCUACUAAAACCAGGUACACCUGGAACAGAGUUCAGAUCAUACCGUAAGAUCCCUCCACACCUCUCUAACCAGGUACACCUGGUAACAGAGUUCAGAUCAUACCGUAAGAUCCCUCCACACCUCUCUAACCAGGUACACCUGGAACAGAGUUCAGAUCAUACCGUAAGAUCCCUCCACAACUUGAUAUGUCUCCGCUCACAUCGUCGAAUUUGCUACUUUUCGGUGGCGCAACUGAUUAGUACGUUGCCAAGCGGGCAGUCAGGUGUUUGCGCGUCUGAGGGCCCAGGUUGGGGCUGGUUACCCAGAUAGUGCUACACACAAACCGUUGAUGGCUACAGGAUGUGUUAUUUCUCCCUGUAGACGGUGAGUGGUUUAAAGGAUGAGAUCCGGGACCUGAAGCAGCAGGUCCAGACUCGGGACAACACAAUCUCUAACCAGACACUGGAGAACCAGGGACUACAGGAACAAGUGGAGCUACAACACAGGUAACACACACCUUCCUGUAUUUCCUUCCCUCUGAUUGGUCCUUCCUGUAUUUCCUCCCCACUGACUGGUCCUCUCUACAGGAAGUACCAGGAAGUGUCUCAGCGGUGCCAGGCCCUCCAGUCAGCAUCGUCCACCUGCUCCGACCACGAACUCAAGAUUAAGGUGAGGCUAGGUUAUUGUUGUUCAAAUUAGGACUAGAAUGAAUUAUGUCUAGAUGAGGAUUGGUAUUAAUAGGGUUCAGAUCGGGACUAGGUUUAGAAAACUAGGAGAUUAGGGUUGACUGAAGUAUGAACAUUGAGACUGAUGGUGACUAAAUUCAGAUUAGGACUGGGGUUGAGAUUGAGCUGUUGAACAGAGCAAUGCAACGGUAGAUUGGUAGGUUUUUGUUUCUGCUUAUUUGGCAACCAUUUAUCUUCUCUCCAAAGUAUUAUUUGGUUAUUAAACUGGUAAUUUAAAAGCAGCCAGCGAGAUGCCUCUGUCCCCUAUUAGGCUUUAUAAACUCUCAAUGUAAUCACCAUUUAUAGUUACUGGGUUUAAAUGACCUGCCUUCAAAUGAAGAGACGGCUAUUAACUCUUCUCAGUCUAACAAACACACACUCCACAUGAUUUUCACCUUUCAGAUGGUCAUUAAGUCUCUUUCAUGAGCUGAUAAUACAACUCAAAGGUGUGUGUGUGUGUCUCCUCUUCUCCCCCCCCUCUCUCUAGGAGUUGGAGAGGAAGUUGGCUCUGCAAGAACAGGAUGUUGUCAUAGUGAAGAACAUGAGGUCAGAGGUCUCUAGGGUCCCAGAUAUGGACAAGGAGCUCCGACAGCUAAGAGAGGAGAAUGUUUACCUCAGGUAACACAGCUAGAACACAUGGAGCAGGACAGCUAAGAGAGGAGAAUGUUUACCUCAGGUAACACAGCUAAAACACAUGGAGCAGGACAGCUAAGAGAGAUCAUGUGUACAUUGUAAAAGAAGACAACUAUCAUUCAUGUCUCUAAAACCUCUCAUUUCUCGCUUUCACUCUUCCUCGUUCCGUAUCCCAGGGAGACGAGGGAGAACGUGAUCCUGCUGAAGGAGGAAACGGAGGGAUUGAGACGUAAGGUAGAACGGAUGGAGAAGAUGAAGGAAGAGCUGGUCAACGUGGAGCUGGAGAAGGAGGUGUGUCCUGUUUGUGUGGAAUGACAUGUUAGUGUUUUUAAAUGUGAAACAGGGCUGGAGGCAAAACAUUUGCAGUAUGCCGUCAGUUGUUCUAAGUAAUGGUUCUGAUACACAACUGAAAAGGGAACUUAACAUGUUGUUUUUCACUUGACGAACAAACAAAUCUCAGGGUUUGAAACAUUUUAAUCUGCUUAAUAGUUGAAUUUGUAAAUGUGGAACCUUGAAUCCCUACACCCUGGUGGGUAAUCUUGUUUCCUCCUGUCCUCCUUCAGAAACUGUCUCAGAAACUACAGGCCUGGGAGAACCUGGGACAAUCUACUGGACUCAACAUACGGUCAGCUGGAAUAUGUCUGUCUCUAGUAUAAUAUUCACCACUGGGUGGAGCUGUUGAGUCAUGACAAAUACUGGUGCCUCAUUCUCUCUCUGUGUGAGGCCGUGUCUAUAGAGCGAGAGGGAGAGACGGUUUAUGAUUUCUAUGCUUUAUGCCUGCUGUGUGUGUUCUGUGCUGAAAGCCCGUAAUGACAGAGUGAUUGCAUGUUUCCAUAUGAGAAGCGAAGCACAGCAGACACAUUACAAACACUUCACUUCUAACACAGACACACGCACACAGUAUUCUUCUCUCAUGACUAGCCCGGUGUUUGAUGUACACUCAGGGGCCAGGUUAUUAGGUACACCAGCUUGUUCACCAAAAUGGUUCGCUCCUACAGACGUGGCCGUGGCUUGCUAUAUAAAGCCGGCAGACAGGCAUCGAGGCAUUCAGUUACUGUUAGAUUGAACGUUAGAAUGGGCGAAACAAGUGACCUAAGCGACUUUGAGCGUGGUAUGAUCGUCGGUGCAAGGCGCGCCGGUUCCAGUAUCUCAGAAACGGCCGUCCUCCUGGGCUUUUCACGCACGACAGUGUCUAGGGUUUACCGGGAAUGGAGCGACAAACAGAAAAACAUCCAGUCAGCGGCAGUCCUGUGGGUCGAAAACAGCUCAUUGACGAGAGAGGUGGAAGGAGAAUGGCAAGAAUCGUGCAAGAUAACAGGCGGGCCACAAACAGACAAAUAACGGAGCAGCACAAUACUGGUGUGCAGAACGGCUCCUCAGAAAGCACAAUCCGUUGAUUGUUGUCAUGGAUGGGCUAUUGCAGCAGACAACCACACCGGGUUCCAGUCCUAUCAGCUAAGAGAAGUGGCUCCAGUGGUCACGCCAUCACCAACACUGGACAAUUGAGUAGGAAAACAUCGCCUGGUCGGACGAAUCCCAGUUCCUGUUGAUGGCAGAGUCAGGAUUUGGCGUAAGCAGCAUGAGUCCAUGGCCCCAUCCUGCCUGGUGUCAACGGUACAGGCUGGUGGCGGUGGUGUAAUGGUGUGGGGAAUGUUUUCCUGGCACACGUUAGGUCCCUUGAUACCAAUUGAGCAAUGUUUCCAUGCCCUGAAGAAUUCAGGCUUUUCUGGAGGCAAACGGGGGUCCGACCCGGUACUAGAUGGGUGUACCUAAUAAACUGGUCACAGAUACCCCCAAAAAUGGGGCCUCAAUGGGCCUCAGGAUCUUGUUACGGUAUUUUUGUGCAUUCAAAUUGCCAUCGAUAAAAUGCAAUUGUGUUUGUUGUCCGUAGCUUAUGCAUGCCCAUACCACCAUGGGGCACUCUGUUCACAACUUUCACACCAGCAAACCGCUCGCCCACACCUGCGUUUGUGAGGCCGGUUGGUUGGACGUACUGCCAAAUUCUCUAAAAUGACGUUGGAGGCGGCUUAUGGUAGAGACAUUCAAUUAUCUGGCAACAGCUCUGGUGGACAUUCCUGCAGUCAACAUGCAAAUUGCAUGCUCCCUCAAUUUGAGACAUCUGGUGUUGUGACAAAACUGCACAUUUUAGAGUGCCCUUUUAUUGUCCCCAGCACAAGGUGCACAUGUGUAAUGAUCAUGCUGUUUAAUCCGAUUCUUGAUAUGCCACACCUGUCAGGUGGAUGGAUUACCUUGGCAAAGGAGAAAUGCUCACUAACAGGAUGUAAACAAAUUUGUGCACAAUUUAUUAAAAAUAAAAAACAUACCUUAUUUACAUAAGUAUUCAGACCCUUUGCUAUGAGACUCGAAAUUGAGCUCCGGUGUAUCCUGUUUCCAUUGAUCAUCUUUGAGAUGUUUCUACAACUUGAUUGGAGUCUACCUGUGGUAAAUUCAAUUGAUUGGACAUGAUUUGGAAAGGCACACACCUGUCUAUAUAAGUUCCCACAGUUGACAGUGCAUGUCAGAGCAAAAACCAAGCCAUGAGGUCGAAGGAAUUGUCCAUAGAGCUCCGAGACAGGAUUGUGUCGAGGCACAGAUCUGGGGAAGGGUACCAAAACAUUUCUGCAGCAUUGAAGGUCCCCAAUAACACAGUGGCCUCCAUCAUUCUUAAAUGGAAGCAGUUUGGAACCACCAAGACUCUUCCUAGAGCUGGCUGCUUGGCCAAACUAAGCAAAUGGGGGAGAAGGGCCUUGGUCAGGGAUUUGACCAAGAACCCGAUGGUCACGCUGACAGAGCUCCAGAGUUCCUCUGUAGAGAUGGGAGAACCUUCCAGAAGAACAACCAUCUCUGCAGCACUCCACCAAUCAGGCCUUUAUGGUAGAGUGGCCAGACGGAAGCCACUCCUCAGUAAAAGGCACAUGACAGCUCGCUUGGAGUUUGCCAAAAGGCACCUAAAGACUCUGACCAUGAGAAACAAGAUUCUCUGGUCUGAUUAAACCAAAAUUGAACUCUUUGGCCUGAAUGCCAAGCGUCAACGUCUGGAGGAAACCUGGCACCAUCCCUAUGGUGAAGCAUGGUGGUGGCAGCAUCAUGCUGUGGGGAUGUUUUUCAGCGGCAGGGACUAGGAGACUAGUCAGGAUUGAGGCAAAGAUGAACGGAGCAAAGUACAGAGAGAUCCUUGAUGAAAACCUGCUCCAGAGCGCUUAGGACCUCAGACUGGGGCGAAGGUUCACCUUCCAACAGGACAACGACCCUAAGCACACAGCCAAGAUAACGCAGUAGUGGCUUUGGGACAAGUCUCUGAAUGUCCUUGAGUGGCCCAGCCAGAGCCCGGACUUGAACCCGAUCGGACAUCUCUGGAGAGACCUGAAAAUAGCUGUGCAGCAACGCUCCUCAUCCAACCUGUGACCGAGCAGAGAAGAUUGGGAGAAACUCCCCAAAUACAGGGGUGCGAAGUUUGUAGCGUCCUACCAAAGAAGAAUUGAUGCUAGGUUCGAUUCCCACGGGGGGCCAGUAUGAAAAUGUAUGCACUCACUAACUGUAAGUCGCUCUGGAUAAGAGUGUCUGCUAAAUGACUAAAAUGUAAAUGUAAUCACUGCCAAAGGUCCUUCAACAAAGUACUGAGUAAAGGUCUGAAUCCUUAUGUAAAUGUGAUAUUUCCGUUUUGUUUUUUCUUAUUAACAAAAAUUUCUAACGUUGUUUUUUGCUUUGUCGUUAUGGGGUAUUGUGUGUAGAUUGAGGGGGAAAAAACAAUUGAAUCAAUUUUAGAAUAAGGCUGUAAUGUAACAAAAUGUGGGAAAAGUCAAGGGGUCUGAAUACUUUCCGAAGGCACUGUAUAUCUCUGUUCAGUGUACAUGAAUAAACCAAGGUGGGCCACGGUUUAUAAUAGGCUGGGAACCACUGCUAUAGACUAGUAUCAUUUGAGGUAGAGAAGGGAAGUUGGUGGAACUCAUUUAAUAGUUAGUUUUUUGAAGACUUGAAAGAAUAGUUCACUCAGUAUGCGUCCCAAAUGCCACCCGAUUCCCUAUGGGCCCUGGUCAAAAGUAGUGCACUAUAUAGGGAAUAGGGUGCUACUUGGGAUGCAGGCAAAGUGUUGAUUAAUUAAGCUACUGUAGAGUCUAGGUCCAUCAGUUAAGCUUUAGGACUGGAGAAAAGCACUUUGACAAGCUGUGUGUUCUCUUUAGAACCGACCCAUCGUCUGUCUGUUUCCUCACACUAAUUAGUCUUCAUAUUUUCUUUAGUUCUCUCAUCUCCCUAUCCUCCUCUCUCCUCCACCCCUCCUCCCUAUCCUCCUCUCUCCUCCACCCCUGCUCUCUUCUCCCUAUCCUCCUCUCUCCUCCACCCCUGCUCUCUUCUCCCUAUCCUCCUCUCUCCUCCACCCCUGCUCUCUUCUCCCUAUCCUCCUCUCUCCUCCACCCCUGCUCUCUAUCCUCCUCUCUCCUCCACCCCUCCUCCCUAUCCCCCUCUCUCCUCCACCCCUGCUCUCUCCUCCCUAUCCCCCUCUCUCCUCCACCCCUGCUCUCUUCUCUCUAUCCUCCUCUCUCCUCCACCCCUGCUUCCAUAUCCUCCUCUCUCCUCCCCUUCCACCCCUGCUCUCUCUCCUCCACCACUGCUCUCUCCUCCCUAUCCCCCUCUCUCCUCCCCCCUGCUCCUCUCUCUCUAUCCUCCUCUCUCCUCCACCCCUGCUCUCUAUCCUCCUCUCUCCUCCACCCCUGCUCUCUAUCCUCCUCUCUCCUCCACCCCUCUCUCUAAUCCUCCUCUCUCCUCCCAACCCCUGCUCUCUAUCCUCCUCUCUCCUCCACCCCUCCUCUCUAUCCUCCUCUCUCCUCCACUCCUCUCUCUUCUUCUCCCUAUCCCCUCCUCUCUUCCUCCACCCCUGCUCUCUUCUCCCUAUCCUCCUCUCUCCUCCACCCCUGCUCUCUUCUCCCUAUCCUCCUCUCUCCUCCCACCCCUGCUCUCUUCUCCCUAUCCUCCUCUCUCCUCCACCCCUCCCCCUCUUCUCCCUAUCCCCUCUCUCUCCACCCCCCUGCUCCUCUCCUCCCUCUCUCCUCUCCUCUCUCCUCCACCCCUGCUCUCUAUUCUCCCCUCUCUCUCUCUCACCUCCACCCCCUCUCUCUUCUCUCUAUCCUCCUCUCUCUCCCUCCACCCCCUGCUCUCUCUCCUCCUCUCCUCCUCCACCCCUCUCCUCUCUCCCCUCCCUCCUCUCUCUCCUCCCCCUCCCUUCUCUCCUCUCUCCUCCACCUCUCCUCCCUCUCUCCUCCUCCCCUCCCUUCUCUCCUCCUCCUCUCUCCUCCCCCUUUUCCUUCCCCCCCUCUCCUCCUCCCUCUCGUCCUCCCCCCUCUCCCUCUCCUCCUCUCCUCUCUCUCCCUUCCUCCUCUCUCCUCCACCCCUCCUCCCUCAUCUCUCCUCCUCUCUCCUCCACCCCUUCUCUCCUCUCUCUCCUCCUCUCUCCUCCACCCCUGCUCUCUCCUCCCUUGUUUCUCUCUCUGUCUCAGCGGUGUAGAGGGUUGCCAUGUGGUUUAUCAGAAAGUCUAAUACAUGACAACUCUAUCUCUCUGAGCUCUACUGAUGAACGUGCAGUGCGUUAACCCUGUGUGUUGUGUCCCCUACAGGACACCAGAGGAUCUGUCCAGAGAGGUGAUUCAGAUCCAACAGAGAGAGAUCACGCUCAAACAACAAAACUACACUCUCACCAGCAGGUAACACACACACACACACACUCACUCACCAGCGGGUAACACACACACACACACACACACACUCUCUCACCAGCAGGUAACACACACACAACACACACACACACACACUCACUCACCAGCGGGUAACACACACACACACACAGCAGCUGUUGUGUGGGUGAAACACGUGUGAACACCUUGUAACAAUCUUAACCAUGAAAAAGAUAUAAACCUUGUUGCCUUUGUGUUUCUAUGAGUUAUUGGCUAUGGUGUCAAAUGCUCCAUUUUAUACUGAACAAAAAUAUAAACGCAACAUGCAACGAUUUCAACGAGUUACAGUUCAUAGAAGGAAAUCCGUCAAUUUAAAUAAAUAAAUUAGGCCCUAAUCUAUGGAUUUCACAUGACUGGGCAGGGGCGCACCCAUGGCUGCGCCCCUGCCCACUGGGGAGACAGGCCCAGCCAAUCAGAGGGAGUUUUUCACCACAAGGGCUUUAUUACAGACACUAAUUGUCAGCCGUUGUGAGGCCGGUUAGACGUACUGUCAAAUUCUCUAAAACAACGUUGGAGGUGGCUUAUUGUAGGGAAAUUAACAUUUAAUUAUCUUGCAACAGCUCUGAUCGACAUUCCUGUAGUCAACAUGCCAAUUGCGCGCUCCCUCAAAACUUGAGACAUCUGUGGCGUUGUUGUUGUGACAACUUCUAUUGUGCACCUGUGUAAUGAUCCUGCUGUUUAAUCAGCUUCUUGAUAUGCCACACCUGUCAGGUGGAUGGAUUAUCUUGGCAAAGGAGAAAUGCUCACUAACAGGGAUGGAAACAAAUUUGUAUUAAAAACAAUGAGAGCAAUAAGGAUAAUUUCUGGGAUAAUUUAUUUCAGACCAUCACUUUACAUGUUGCAUUAUAUUUUUGUUCAGUAUAGUUAGCAUGCUAUAGAACUAUAGGUAUCAGAAUCGCCAUUUUAGUUUUAACUUCCUCUAGCUUUCCUCAGAGAAGCUCUAAGAUCUGUUUUUAUUACUCCUUCUCUCUGUCAUGUCCACCUGUCUCCUCUUCCCAGCUCCCCUCUCCUUCUCUCUGCCAUGUCUACCUGUCCCCUCUUCCCAGCUCCCCCUCUCCUUCUCUCUGUCAUGUCUACCUGUCUCCUCUUCCCAGCUCCCCUCUCCUUCUCUCUGCCAUGUCUACCUGUCCCCUCUUCCCAGCUCCCCUCUCCUUCUCUCUGUCAUGUCUACCUGUCCCCUCUUCCCAGCUCCCCCCUCUCCUUCUCUCUGCCAUGUCCACCUGUCCUCCUCUUCCCAGCUCCCCCCUCUCCUUCUCUCUGCCAUGUCUACCUGUCCCCUCUUCCCAGCUCCCCUCUCCUUCUCUCUGUCAUGUCCACCUGUCUCCUCUUCCCAGCUCCCCUCUCCUUCUCUCGCCAUGGUCUAACCUGUCUCCUCUUCCCAGCUCCCCUCUCCUUCUCUCUGUCAUGUCCACCUGUCCCCUCUUUCCCAGCUCCCCCCCUCUCCUUCUCUCUUGCCAUGUCUAACCUGUCUCCUCUUCCCAGCUCCCCUCUCCUUCCUCUCUGCCAUGUCCACCUGUCUCCUCUUCCCAGCUCCCCCCUCUCCUUCUCUCUGUCAUGUCUACCUGUCCCCUCUUCCCAGCUCCCCCCUCUCCUUCUCUGCUUGCCAUGUCUACCUGUCCCCUCUUCCCAGCUCCCCCCUCUCCUUCUCUCUGUCAUGUCCACCUGUCCCCUCUUCCCAGCUCCCCCCCCUCUCCUUCUCUCUGCCAUGUCCACCUGUCUCCCUUCAUCCCAGCUCCCCCCCUCUCCUUCUCUCUGCCAUGUCUACCUGUCCCCUCUUCCCAGCUCCCCUCUCCUUCUCUCUGUCAUGUCCACCUGUCCCCUCUUCCCAGCUCCCCCCUCCCCUUCUCUCUGCCAUGUCCACCUGUCCCCUCUUCCCAGCUCCCCCCUCUCCUCUCUCUCUGCCAUGUCUACCUGUCCCCUCUUCCCAGCUCCCCUCUCUCCUUCUCUCUGCCAUGUCUACCUGUCCCCUCUUCCCAGCUCCCCUCUCCUUCUCUCUGCCAUGUCUACCUGUCCCCUCUUCCCAGCUCCCCCCUCUCCUUCUCUCUGUCAUGUCCACCUGUCCCCCUCUUCCCAUCUCCCCUCUCCUUCUCUCUGUCAUGUCCACCUGUCUCCUCUUCCCAGCUCCCCCCUCUCCUUCUCUCUGCCAUGUCCACCUGUCCCCUCUUCCCAGCUCCAAAAGAGUAUCACCCCCCUUUCUGUUCCUCUCUCUCUCACCCCUCAUGUGUCCAAUAGAGUAUCUCCCCCCUCUCUCUUCCUCUCUCUCUCCCCCAGUAGUGUGGGUUUGAUCUGAGCGUAAAUUCUCAGACAGCUAAUUAGACUCAUCUUGAAUUCGUUAGUACCGCUACACUAGCCCUAGCAUAGAGGUGUGUGCUAGUCGUUAGCUAACGAGCUACCCUCUCUUGAUCCCAUACGGAGCUAAUGAUAAAAUAUGACACCGUUCAGAACCACUAGAUAACGAGGAGAGAUGGAGUGCAGGGAGGAAGGAGGAGAGGAGGGAGGAGGAGGAGGGAGGUUCUCUCUCCUUCCUCCCAUAGUGUGCACUUGUUCACUUCCCUUCACUGAUUUGAAAGGAAAUUAGGUAUAAGAACCGUGGUGGAAGCUCCCACUUGUUCAUAUAAUAAAUUGGUCAUUUAGCAGACGCUCUUAUCCAGAGCGACUUACAGGAGCAAUUAGGUUUAAGUGCCUUGCUCAAGGGCACAUCGACAGAUUUUUCACCUAGUCGGCUCGGGGAUUAGAACCAGCAACCUUUCGGUUACUGGCACAACGCUCUUAACCACUAAGCUACCUGCCGCUCUUCAUGCCUCCCAAUCUAAUGCUUUUAGAUUUGUGGGAAGAACUGAACAAGUGCACACUUAGGGACAAUUAAUUAUUAUUGGGACGCACCCAUGAAGAGAAAGAGAGGGGGAAUUUAGACUAACUCUCUCUCUCCUCCCCUUGUCUCUCUCUUCCCCCCCAGCUGACCUCCAGGGGGAGCUGUUGUCUCUACGUUCUAAAGCUCUCUCUCCCUCCCAGCUGUAGGACAGUGGAGCGUUCUAAGGCUGACCUCCAGGGGGAGCUGUUGUCUCUACGUUCUAAAGCUCUCUCUCCCUCCCAGCUGUAGGACAGUAGAGCGUUCUAAGGCUGACCUCCAGGGGGAGCUGUUGUCUCUACGAUCUAAAGCUCUAGAAGAGCAGAAGAAGAGAGAGACCCAGGAAUCACUGGUCAGACGACUACAGAAGAGAGUGCUGCUGCUCACCAAGGUAGUGUGUGUUUGUGUCAGAUGAACUCGUGGAUACCAUUGUUAUGUCUCUGUGUCCAUUCUGAAGGAAGUUAGAGGUAGUUUCGCGAGCCAAUGCUAACUAACUAGCUAGCAGAUGCAAUAGACUUCCAGUCAUUGCUCUAACGCUAGUUAGCAAUUGCGCUAGCGCUAGAUAGCAACUUCCUUCAAACUGCACAGAGACAUAAAAUUAGUAUCCACGAGUUCAUCUGACUCUGGGGAAGUAGAUAAAGGGCCUCUUACCAAUAUCCUGAAGUAUCCCUUUAAGGAGUGCUAGACGGCUUACAUGAAACGUAAGGCUCUUUGAUACCUGGACUGUUGGUAUGGGGUCUUGGAUAAGACCCUGCUUUAGGUUGGUCAAUGUUUCUAAUCAUAGCCUCUUUCAUAUUAACCAAUACAUUCUUUAAUCCGGUCAGACAGAGAUGACCCUGUGUGUGUUGACCUGGUAGAAUCCUAUAUCACAACAGAUAAGUUGACCAAAAGCAAUUUUGUUUAUAUAUAAAAAAAAAAAGGUUCUGAAAAUAAUAGAAGGCUUAAUGGGACUGUUAUCUCUGUGUGUGUUAUCAGGGUUGACCUGUGUGAUUUGUGAUUUAAGAUAGUGAAUUUCAUUAAGUCUUAAUGGUCAGUCAGUAGCCAGCGGGGCAGAGAAAACGUUUAGUAUGGGCACCACGCAACCUUGUGUGUGUUGGGGGUCACAGUAAGCAUCCUGAGGAGGACCUCUUUACACCGUGUGUGUAUCAAUCUGUGUGUGUUGGGGGUCACAGUAAGCAUCCUGAGGAGGACAUCUUUACACCGUGUGUGUAUCAAUCUGUGUGUGUUGGGGGUCACAGUAAGCAUCCUGAGGAGGACAUCUUUACACCGUGUGUGUAUCUGUGUGUGUUGGGGGUCACAGUAAGCAUCCUGAGGAGGACCUCUUUACACCGUGUGUGUAUCAAUCUGUGUGUGUUGGGGGUCACAGUAAGCAUCCUGAGGAGGACAUCUUUACACCGUGUGUGUAUCAAUCUGUGUGUGUUGGGGGUCACAGUAAGCAUCCUGAGGAGGACAUCUUUACACCGUGUGUGUAUCUGUGUGUGUUGGGGGGUCACAGUAAGCAUCCUGAGGAGGACCUCUUUACACCGUGUGUGUAUCAAUCUGUGUGUGUUGGGGGUCACAGUAAGCAUCCUGAGGAGGACAUCUUUACACCGUGUGUGUAUCAAUCUGUGUGUGUUGGGGGUCACAGUAAGCAUCCUGAGGAGGACAUCUUUACACCGUGUGUGUAUCAAUCUGUGUGUGUUGGGGGUCACAGUAAGCAUCCUGAGGAGGACAUCUUUACACCGUGUGUGUAUCUGUGUGUGUUGUGGGGUCACAGUAAGCAUCCUGAGGAGGACAUCUUUACACCGUGUGUGUAUCUGUGUGUGUUGGGGGGUCACAGUAAGCAUCCUGAGGAGGACAUCUUUACACCGUGUGUGUAUCAAUCUGUCUGUGUGUGUUUAGUUAGUCCAUGCCAAGUUGUUUUAGUUCUUUGACAAAUGACUGGCGAGAAAACAAAGUUCAGUCAGUUUGAAUUAAACUGUCAUUUCACACAAUUUGGUUAUUCUCUUUCUUUCUUUCUUUCUCUCUCUCUCUCUCUCCUCCUCUCUCCUCUCUCUCUCUCCUCUCUCCUCUCUCUCUCUCUCCUGCUCUCUCUCGUCUCCUCUCAUCUCUCUCUCCUUCUCAUCUCCCUCUCUCAUCUCUCCUCUCUCUCUCUCUCUCACCUUCCCUCUUUCUGUCUCUCUCUCCUUCAUUGCUAUGACAGACGUUGUGGCCGACUUAUUUGACACGCCCCCAUUUCCCUCUAUAUAGCCUCGUUAUUGUCAUUUUAUUGUUACUUUUUAUUUUCUACUUUAUUUUACUUAGUAAAUAUUUUCUUAACUCUAUUUCUUGAACUGCAUAGUUGGUUAAGGGCUUGUAAGUAAGCAUUUCACAGUGUUGUAUUCGGCGCGUGUGACAAAUAAAAUGUGAUUUGAUUGCAUGAGUCCACAUCAGUUAACAUCAUAGAAAUAACAUUCUACAUUUCAGCAAGGCGUUGUUAAGAAUCUGUUAAUGCAGAAACUGAUUCAACCGCACGAAUGCCCGGCCGUCCCGUCUUCAAGCGUUUUUACGGUGACAGCAGUCAGUUGGCUGGCCAAUUACCAUCAUUCAAAAUUCCAUGACCAUCACAGCCCCUACCACACACGUUCCAGAGAUAAGGAUUUAUGGAGAGUUAUCGACCUCCACAGGCCUCACUUAGAAAUUAGACACACACAUGCUUGCACACUCGUUUUGCACACACAUACAUGCGUAAAAGGGGUCCAGUUGUGUGUUGUUAAAGGUCAACUCCACCAACAUGAACACUUGGCUUAUGACUAGGAAGUAUUUAGUGAUCCUAGACAUUUUUUGUCAAAUGUUAGUCAGAGAUUUCUACUGUGAUGUUCUUGAGUAGGAUCCCUGAGAUGACUUUAUAUAUAUAUAUAUUUAAAAAAAAAUUAUGGACAGUCAUUUUCAGCGACCUAUAUAAACCGUCGGCGGAGAAUGCGCUCUUUCCAAAUAACCGAUUAUUUUCAUAGUGAAUUACUUGUAGACUUUUCGUUAGUUCUAAUAGGCCUCCAGUGUUGGAUGGUUGCUUGGACAGUCGCUGAGGCUGUAUUUUUCUGUAUCAUUGAAAACACUUUAUUUCAGAUGCAGCAGGGUUAGCUACUUAGCUAGCUAGCGUUGAUAACGUUAGCGCCAAAGAUGCAGGCUGAGAGACUAGGAUUCUGGGAAUGAUUUCAUAAUAAAUGUUGUUCUAAGAUGUUGUUUUAAGACGGUCGCUAAUAUUUAAACUCAGCUGUUAUUGCUGCGAACACUAUUUCGCAUGUAGCAGUCGGGCUAGCAUAUACAGUACUAUGGUUAGCGCCGUUAGCCAGAUUAGCAUCAAAAGUGACAAAAGCCGAUGUGCCUCAAUAAUCAGUGUGUUUUGAGUUGCCUCUCUCUUUGCGCGUGUGUUCCAGGAGCGUGAUGGUAUGCGUGCUAUCCUGGAGUCCUAUGAUAGUGAGCUGUCUACAGGUGACUAUACUCCUCAACUCACCCGCAGACUCAGAGAGGCAGAAGAUAUACUGACCAAGACACAGAACCACAAUACACAGAUGGAGGUACGGAGACACACACACACACACACACACACACACACACACACACACACACACACACACACACACACACAAGUAUUAGUGGGUUUGGCUAUUUCAGCCACACCAGUUGCUGACAGGUGUAUCAAAUCGAGAACACAGCCAUGCAAUCUCCAUACACAAACAUUGGCAGUAGAAUGGCCUUACUGAAGAGCUCAGUGACUUUCAACGUGGCACCGUCACAGGAUGCCACCUUUCGAACAAGUCAGUUUGUGAAAUUUCUGCCCUGCUAGAGCUUCCCCGGUCAACUGUAAGUGCUGUUAUUUUGAAGUGGAAACGUCUAGGCGCAAUAACUGCUCAGCCGUGAAGUGGUAGGCCACACAAGCUCACAGAACGGGACUGCUGAAGUGCGUAGCGCGUAAAAAUCGCCUGUCCUCGGUUGCAACACUCACUACUGAGUACCAAACUGCCUCUGGAAGCAACGUCAGCACAAUAACUGUUCGUCGGGAGCUUAGUGAAAUGGGUUGCCAUGGCCGAGCAGCCGCACACAAGCCUAAGAUCACUAUGCGUAAUGCCAAGCGUCGGCUGGAGUGGUGUAAAGCUCGCCGCCAUUGGACUCUGGAGCAGUGGAAACGCGUUCUCUGGAGUGAUGCAUCACGCUUCACCAUCUGGCAGUCUGACGGACAAAUCUGGGUUUGGCGGAUGCCAGGAGAACGCUACCUGCCCCAAUGCACAGUGCCAACUGUAAAAUUUGGUGGUGGAGGAAUAAUGAUCUGGGGCUGUUUUGUCAUGGUUCAGCCUAGGCCCAUUACUUAUAUUUAAGGGAAAUCUUAACGCUACAGAAUACAAUGACAUUCUAGACGAUUCUGUGCUCCCAACUUUGUGGCAACAGUUUGGGGAAGGCCCUUUCCUGUUUCAGCAUGACAAUGCCCCCGUGCACAAAGCGAGGUCCAUACAGAAAUGGUUUGUCAAGAUCGGUGUGGAAGAACUUGACUGUCCUGCACAGAUCCCUGACCUCAACCCCAUCGAACACCUUUGGGAUGAAUUGGAACACCGACUGCGAGCCAGGCCUAAUUGCCCAACAUCAGUGCCCAGCCGACCUCACUAAUGCUCUUGUGGCUGAAUGGAAGCAAAUCCCAUCAGCAAUGUUCUGACAUCUAGUGGAAAGCCUUCCCAGAAGAGUGGAGGCGGUUAUAGAAUAUUUCUCUCUCCCUCUCUCUCUCACACACACACACACACACACACACACACACACACACACACACACACACACACACACACACACACACACACACACACACACACAGACACCUUGUCUAAAUAGGGUUUUUCUCUUCUGCAGGUUCUGUUGACUACAGCCCAAGAGGAGGCUGGGUCCCUCAAACUACAAGCACAGACUGUGAGUAUACACACAGCUGUGAAAUAAAGCGUGUUAUUCCUAGACAGCAGUCGUUUAUAACACACACUUGGCUGUUGCUGUUCCUGUUGCCAGGGUAAUGUCACCAUUGCCGUGGUGAUGGGAAGUGACACGUGUGAAAUCGUCUCGUCUCGCCACACGCACACACACACAUCCUCUCGUCUCCCCACCUUGUGAUUACCUCUCCGUCUGAGGAGAGACAGAGGAAGAAGAUGAUGAGGGGGAUGAAUAAAUGUAUCAUUCUGUGUCUGAGUGGUGUUGAAUCACUAGCCGCAUCUCUCCUCUCAUCCCUCGUUACCCAGCCAUCUCCUUCAUUGAUUAGUUUAAAUCAGAGGAUGGGGGGGGGGGGGGAUGCGCCUGUGUGCUGUCUGUUUAGAGAAUAGUCGAAUAGAUCAUUUAGAGGGAGAUGGAAGAGAGGGAGUCAGUGGGAAGAAGGGAGAGAGGGAGUCAGUGGGAAGAAGGGGGAGAGGGAGUCAGUGGGAAGAAGGGAGAGAGGGAGUCAGUGGGAAGAAGGGGGAGAGGGAGUCAGUGGGAAGAAGGGAGAGAGGGAGUCAGUGGGAAGAAGGGAGGGAGUCAGUGGGAAGAAGGGGGAGAGGGAGUCAGUGGGAAGAAGGGAGAGAGGGAGUCAGUGGGAAGAAGGGGGAGAGGGAGUCAGUGGGAAGAAGGGGGAGAGGGAGUCAGUGGGAAGAAGGGAGAGAGGGAGUCAGUGGGAAGAAGGGGGAGAGGAGGGUCAGUGGGAAGAAGGGAGUCAUGGAGAGGAGAGAGGGAGUCAGUGGGAAGAAGGGAGAGAGGGAGUCAGUGGGAAGAAGGGAGGAGGGGAAGAGUCAGUGGGAAGAGGGAGAGGGAGUCAGUGGGAAGAAGGGGAGAGGGGAAGAGGGAGUCAGUGGGAAGAAGGGGGGAGAGGGAGUCAGUGGGAAGAAGGGGAGAGGGAGUCAGUGGGAGAAGGGAGGGAGGGAGAGGGAGUCAGUGGGAAGAAGGGGAGAGGAGUCAGUGGGAGAAGGAGUCGUGGGAAGAGGGAGAGGGAGUCAGUGGGAAGAAGGGGAGAGAGGGAGUCAGUGGGAAGAAGGGAGAGAGAGGGAGUCAGUGGGAGGGAAGGGAGAGUGGGAAGAAGGGAGAGAGGGAGUCAGUGGGAAGAAGGGAGAGGGAGUCAGUGGGAAGAAGGGAGAGAGGGAGUCAGGGGAGAGAGAGGGAGAGAGAGGGAGUCAGUGGGAAGAAGGGGGAGAGGGAAGUCAGUGGGAGAAGGGAGGGAAGAUGAGGGAGUAGGAGGAAGGGGGGAGGAGGAGUCAGUGGGAAGGAGGGAGAGGGAGUCAGUGGGAAGAAGGGAGAGAGAGGGAGUAGUGGGAAGAGCGGUGAGAGGAGUCAGGGAAGAGUGGUAGAGGUAGUCAGUAGAGGUGGGUGUCAGUGGGAGCGAGGGAAAGAGGGAUCCGUGGAGGGAACUGUGGGAAGACGGGAGGAGAGGGAUCAUGGGUAACGACAGAGAAGAGAGGUGAGUAGCUGAGGAGAUAGGGAAGUCAGUGAGAGGGAGAGAGAGAGGGCAGAGGUAGGAGAUACAGAGAGAGGGGUCACGGGGAGAAGAGGGGAUGGAGUGUAGGGAGACGGGGUGGGGAGAGUCAAGUGGGAUGAGGGAGAGGUAGACAGCUGAGUGAGGGAGAGGUCAGAGGGGCAUAGUGGGAAGAGGUGAGCUGGAGGGAGAGUCAGUGGAGGCAACGGUGGCUAGAGGGAAGUCAACGCUGGUAGUGAGGAGAGUCAGAGGCUGCAGUGGAGAUAGAGGGAGGAGGGGAGUCAAGUGGCAGUGAGGGAGAGGUCAGAGUCUAGUGAGGGAGGGUCAGAGGUGGUAGGAGGGUAGAGUCACGCUGGUAUGAGGAGAGGUCAGAGGCUGUAGUGAGGUAGGGUCAGGGUGAGUAGGGUAGAGGUAGAGUGCUAGUGGGGAAAUGUAGAGGAGUCAGUGCAGUAGGGUAGAGUAGAGGCUGCUAUGAGGGUAAGGUAAUGGGUGGGUAGGUAGAGGGGGGAGAGUGUCAGUAGGAUGCAGGUGAGGAGGGGAGGUCUAGUGAGGUAAGGUCAGCGGCUGUAGUGAGGGUAGUCAGCGCUGUAGUAAGAGUAGCUGGAGGGAGAGUCAGACGGAGUCAUAGUGGGUAGCAGGUGUAGAGCGAGAGAGGUCAACGCUGGCAAAGUGGUAGAGUAGAGUGUGGGAAGUAGCUGGUAGAGAGUCGACGGCAUGGUGAGAGGUUGUAGGGUCAGGAGGGAUGGGAGGUAGAGGUAUGAGGGAGCAGAGGGUAGGAUGGAGGUAGAGUCAGAUGAGUAUAGUGAGGGUAGUCUAGAGGUAAGGCAGUCAGAUGAGGGUAGAGGUCAGACGGCUGGCUAGUGAGGUAGAGGUCAGACGGCUGGCUAGUGAGGGUAGAGGUCAGACGGCUGGCUAGUGAGGGUAGAGGUCAGACGGCUGGCUAAUGAGGAGAGGUCAGACGGCUGGCUAGUGAGGGUAGAGGUCAGACGGCUGGUAGUGAGGUAGAGUCAGACGCUGGCUAGUGAGGAGAUCAGACGGCGUCAGUAGUAGAGGUCAGACGGGGCUAGUGAGGGAGAGGCAGGGUGGUAGUGAGGAGAGAGGCAGAGUGGCUGCAGUGAGGAGGGCAGACGGUGGCUAG